AUAGUAGGGGACUUAUGGAACUGGGUUCAAUUAGGAACAAAAUCAGUAGAAAAGGUUUUGACAAGGAAUGUGCUCUUGGGAAGUUGGGAACUGACUCUGGUUCCCCUUCCGCUCCCCAGGCCCUGCACUCUCGGUCCAGGGAUAUCAAAGGGCAUAGCAGAGGAGAUAGAAUUCAUUACAGAAUAAGACGAAGCACUGUCAAGAGUGAGAGUGCGCGAGGACCAAGCGGCCCACCGCCUCGAUUGACAUUAGAAAAACAGGUUUUGCGUCACAUACAUACAUUUCUGGUAUUUCUGCCGCAGCUUCCUGAGGAGUUUUCUAUUCGGGAUAUUGACAGCUGCUCCGCUCCGGCUCCCAGCGCACCCUCCCGGGAAGCUUGGCGGACACGCCCCAGGCUCGGCCAGCCCCGGAACUGGCCAGUCACACCGUCGCUCCGCGGCGCGGCAGGCUACGCGCACUUCCGGUCUCUUUCUGGCGCCGCCAUCUUGCUUCCGGCUCUCCGGCCGCCGCCUCUGUUCUUGCUCGCCUGUGCGGAGAUCCCUAGGGAGGCGGACCCGGGCGCCCAGGAGUUGGUGUCGUUUGAGGAUGUGUCUGUGGACUUCAGCUGGGAGGAGUGGCAGGACCUGGAUGAUGCUCAGAGGACGCUGUACAGGGACGUGAUGCUGGAGACCUACAGCAGCCUGGUGUCCUUGGAUCAGUGCAGUACCAAACCUGAGUUGAUCCUGAGGUUGGAGCAAGAAGCUGGGCCAUGGAAGGCAGGAGAGGCCCCAUACCCGAACCUGCCAGUGAUGCAGAAUGUGAAGAGCCUGGACAAGGCCGGACAGGACAGUCAAAAGAGAUAUUUGUGCCAUCUGGUAAUCAACACCUCAUCAACUGAGGAGAAAGUUAAAUUAGGAAAAAUAUUUAAUAUGAGCUCAAACCACACUUUACAUCUGACUUCGAAGAAUGGGAACUCUUCUGGAAUGAGGUCUGAGGCAUGUACUAUGUGGGAGAAUGUGCAUCUCCCAAGUGAGCCCAGUGCGACACAGACUCCAGAGAAACUUGAUCAUCUGAGUGCAGGUGGGCUGUCCUGCAGACACCCUGGGCCUCCUAGUCAGGGUCACAGUGCUGAGAGUCGGGGACAGCAUUUUCAGUAUUACCAGCAUGGUAAAGCCUUUCACAGGAGCACCGCAUGGACACGUGAGGUGUUUCCUUUGGGCAAUCUCUCCAGUAAGUUUGGGGAGUAUGGGAAAGCCUUUGAGGAGUUAGCUCUUACUACCCAAGAGGGAGUUCAGGAAAGGGAGGAGGUCUUUGAAUGUAACGUGUGUGGGAAAUCAUUCUGUGACAAGUGCAACCACACUCAACACUUAAAAACAUACAUAAAAAAGUGUGAUAAAUGUACUGAUUGUGAGCCAACAUUCAAUGCAAAACCAGGCCUCAUAAAUCAUCAGAGAAUACAUGCCUGGGAAAAGCCUUGUGGAUGUAAUGAAGAUGAGAUACAUGUUUGUCAGACACCAAAACAAAGUGUUAAUCAGAGUAUCUUAAGCAAAGAGAGUAACUGUGAGAAAAGUUUUUGCCCAAACUCAAAUUUCAGUGCGCCCCAGAAAACUCACACACGUGAGAAACAUGAAUGCAAGACAGCUCCAAAAAUCUCUAACAAGAAGUCUAAUGUUCAUCAACCUCGAAGACGAAACAGAUGUGGGAAAACCUACGAGUGUAAGGUAUGUGGAAAACCCUUUAAACACACACAAAACCUCUAUUUACACUACAGAACUCACACUGGUGAGAAACCCUAUGAAUGUAAAGAAUGUAAGAAAUUUUUCAGUGUGAAGUCAAAUCUCAGUGUACAUCAAAGAACUCACACAAAUGAAAAACCCCAUGAGUGUAACGUGUGUGGAAAUGCCUUUAAACGGAGGUGUGACCUAACUAUACACCAGAGAGUUCACACAGGUGAGAAACCAUACGAAUGUAAAGAAUGUAGGAAAACUUUCAGUAUAAAGUCAGGGCUCAUUGUACAUCAGAGAAUUCACACAGGUGAAAAGCCCUAUGAGUGUAACGUAUGCGGAAAACGUUUCAACCAGAAGUCCAAUCUCUCCACACAUGAGAGAAUUCAUACAGGUGAGAAACCAUUUGAAUGUAAAGAAUGUGGGAAAUCAUUUAGUGUCAAGUCAUAUCUCACUAUACAUCAGAAAACGCACUUAGGUGAGAAACCCUGUGAGAAAUCUGGAUCAGUCCUCUGCCAGAAGUCAAGCCUUGGCAAACAUCAGAGAGCUCACAAAGGUGAGGAACCUUCCGAAUGUAAGGACUGUAGAAAACUCAAGUCUUUGUCUUUUCUCCACGUGCAUCAGAAUUGAGAGGUGAAAAGCUCCUAUUUGUGUAAAGGAUACAGGAAAUCUUUCCAUUUUAAGUCAUGUCUCCGAGUUCAUUAGUAAACUCAGACAAGAAACCCUGUCAGUGUAAGGUGUGUUCAAACGCUAUCUGCCAUUGGAGAAGUCACACAGGCAAGAAACCCUUUGAGUGUAAUGUAUGGAAAAACUGUCAGAAAUCAGUUUUCAGCACACAUUGGAGAAUUCACAAUGGUGAGAAGCCCUAGGAGUGCAGUUAUAUGAAAAGCCCCUUUAAUCAGAAGUACCACCUCUGUGACCUUCAGAGAACUCACAGAGGUUUGAAAAAUGCAGGAAAACGUUUCAGACAUGUGCAUCAGAGAAGUUUGAGUUUGAGAAGUACUUGUCAGUGUCAUCUUUGUGGAACUGUCACCUGCCACAUAACCCUAUACACAUCAAAGAGGUACUGUGAGUGUAAGGACUGUAGGGAAAUUUUCCAAGAAAGGUUACAUCCAAAAGUAGAAAGGCAGCCUGACGUGGUAGCACAUGCCUUUAGUCCCAGCACUCAGGAGGCAGAGGCAGGCAGGUCUCUGUAGAUUGAGGCCAGCCUUGUCUACAUAUAGAGUGCCAGGCCAACUUGGGCUACAGGGAGACCCUGUCUCAAAAAGACAAAAAAGUGGAAAAGCAUCAGUGUGAUGGUGCACCUGUAAUCCCAGAACUCGGGAAGCAAAGGCAGAGGCAGGUGGAUCUCUGUAAGUUCUGGUAUAUAUAGGGAGUUCCAAACCAGCCAGGGCCACAUAGUGAGACUCUUUUUUUAAAAAACAACAACAACAACAAAAAACAAGCUUUGUGAACAGAAAGGGAGGUCUCAAGAGAAGAUGCAACGCACUGCACAUCAAAUCACACAUACAGCUAAGUAACUGAGUGCAACAUAUGCGGAAAACCUUUUCCCAGAUGUCAGACCUCAGCAAUCAUUAGGUAAUCACACAAGUGGGUAUCUCUGUGAAUGUGGAAAAAAAUUUCAUCUGUAAGUCAUCCUUUACUGCAUACCAAAGCUGACACAUGAGAUAAGCCAUAUCAGUUCAUGUGCAAAACUUUUUAUGAAACACCCAUGUUUCUCAUUUCGUCCAUCAGAGAACCACACAGACGAGGAACCCUGUGAAUGUAAAGACUGAAAGACUUCUGUGAAUUUAGAGUGUAAGAACUAUUUCAUAUUCUUGGUGUAUGUGUAAGAACUCACAUAAGUAAAUAUACUCCCACAUAUGUGAGUUUAACAAGCAGAGAAACACAAAGUCAAACGUGUGCACAUCCGAAAUCCCCCACAUCUGAGAAACCAUAAGAGUGUAAUAUACAUGGACACACCUUUUACCAAAUGGAAAUGCCCUGGAGAGCUCACAGGCUAGAAUUGCAUAAGCAUAAUACAUGUAGACAACCCUCUUGUACGAUGUUGACCUCCACAUCAGAGAAUUCAUAUGAGAGGAAUGCUGGUGGUUAUGUGUAUGGAGAAGCCUUGUAUCGGAAGACCUCGGCAGCCAUUUGCAUUGACACAGAGGAGACAUCCUAAGUGGUUAUGAAUAUGGAAAACAUUAGCGUGAGAAGUCAUGAAGCAGACUCCAUCUUCUCACAAAAGUGAGAAGGCCUAUAAGCAGGGCCUUUGUUUGCUCCCUAAAAUAUGCUUUCUUGCUCUAUGACUUACAGCCUGUAUUGUGCAGUGAGUCAUUUGAGAGGCCAUACCUGAGCUCUGUAAGAAUUUUAAUACUUGUGAUGGUUCACUUCUCACCUACCUCAUCCCCUAAACCUUGCAAUAUGUUAUCCCCAGACUUUCACAUGUAGCCUAAAGUGCAGGUAAGAUUAUCUUGGGGGAGGGGCAUAUAUAGAACAACAGUGAUUGAAGGAUAUUCUUAUUGGAGAGAACAGAGGUCUUACCUGUGAAUCUCUUUGUAUGAGUGACAACAUUCUAUGUGAGCUGACCACAAUGCAAAGCCAUUGUAAACCCAUUUUAAAACGUGUUCAAACAAGGCCCUCUAUGUUAGGAAAUUCACUCGGGAGAGGGGCCUUUGUUACUGCCUUUCUAUUAUCAAGCCAUUUUGUGGAGGAAAAGAAAUUAUGGGGAAUUCCAAUAAAUCCUAAAUGUCUUACCUGGCACCAACACUGCAUUAUGAAAUCUUUCCACAAGACGUUGAAAUUUAUGUGUAGCAGAAAUCAUAAAGGUAGAUUGUCACAGUUUCCUAGUGUUAAUUAUAUGAAAAAUAUUUUUGAAUAUCCGUAUGCCAGAAGAGAAAUCUGUACAAUGCUGCCUGAUGUGGUUUGGUCUACAUUUGGGGACAUCUGUGGUUGUUAGAGCUGAAGUUUAAGAGUUCCUGCUGGCACUGGUGGAUACCAGGGAUGCAGCAGAGCUGCCAAAAGGGUGCUGUGUGUCUUUUCCUCGGGUGACAUGAACAGAUGUCUACUCACCCCAGACAGGGCACAGAGAAACAGUUCUAUCAAAGUCUGACUUGAAAACUCCCAUGAGUUUAUUGGUGUUUCAGGAGUACAGGUGAGUAUACUUACAGAAAUGUGCAUGGUUCGAAUGCGGCUGCAUCACCAAAAAGCUCACCCCUGCGUGGGCAAUGACUCAUGGAAAGUGAAACAUUUGCAGGCAGCUCAGGAGGUCAAUUAACAGAUCAGAGUGUCUUUUCCAACAGUCCUUACCAUCUUUAUAAACUUGGAGAGGGAAGGGCCUUGUGAAUCUUGUAAGUUUCGGGGACUUCCUGAGCCUUAUAGGUUUAUUUCCUGAUCUUAAUGAGCCUUUCUCUAGGAUCAAAAUGCUUCAGUUGAGAGGAUAUUGUUGCACAACCAGACACAACAUACCAUGAUGUUAUGUAAGGUUUGUGUGUAAGAUUUUAUCAUGUUCGCAGAUGUUUUCUGCACGCAGAGGUAUGCAGUAAAUACUGCACUUACUGUAAUAUAUAUUGUAUUCUAGUCUGUUUACAUCUUGCAUCAAGUGGUUUGUAUUUUCUUACUGAGUCUUACAUAUCUAAAGGUGUAUGGUGGUUGUCACCAACUAAGUGUUUUUCUAACAUGGUGAUAUCUUAAAGUGAUCCAGUGUUUGUAAAAGAAAAAAAAUCUGGAUAUAAAAACAUGAAUAAAGAUAUUUUCACAGCA